AAGAGUCAGAUCGACAGGAGAUGAAAACACCAGCUCUCCCAGGACUUGGCUCAGUCUCAGGAAGCGGGUGUGUCUGCGUAAAGCAUCACCAACCACAGGCAGGGGGCGCUAGAGAGAGCGAGAGAGAAAGCGAAAACCUCCUCCACCUCCUCCUCCUCCUCCACCAUCAUCAUCAUCAUCAUCAUCAGCAGCAGCAGCACUGCGGCCGCUGUGUAAUCAGGCGGCUCCAGGGCUGAGGCGCACCGAGCCACACAGCGCGCAGCUCAGUGAUAAGGCUCCUUGGAAGAAGAGGAGCGCAAACUACUCUCCAGACCUGCCACGUUAUUUCAGCUGCACUUUGAGGACGCACCACAAACUGGAUUUUAACCGAGUCCGUUUGAGAGCAAUCAUUGGAAUAAUCUCAAUUUCACGCACUUCACGCAUCUCCCUGGACGGUGGGGUUUCCUUUGUGAAUCCUGGACCCUCUCUCGCGUAGAAAUGUGCGUGAAUCUUCCCUUUGCUGAAUUUCUUUCUCUCGAGUUGCGCCUGUAGCCCGGAGCGCACACUUUUGGCGCAAGGUGCACGUCGGAGAGAAAAAAAAGUUAGUUUUUUUUAAAAGUCUCCCACACGUGAGGUGCCUCUGACCCGAGCUUCUCCUCCUCGUGCCUCGAACACCUCCGGCCCGGUGGACGCGAUCCACGCGUAAAGGCGCGCGCAGUGCAGAGGACAGGGAGACUCUCGCGCCUCCAUAAAUGCCCGGUCCGUCAGAAAGGCUCGAGGCUGGGCAGCAGGAUGAGCGCGUGGGUACAGCUCGUGUUGCUGGCGGCGUGUCUGCGGUUCGGAGUGGCCGAGGGGGAGCCUCUGCCUGCAGCCCUGGUGGAGCUGGUUAGAAACAGCCCCAUCUCGUCCAUAGAGGACCUCCAGCUGCUGCUGCUCUCUGACUCCGUAGAUGAGGAGGACGGGACCUCUGCAGUCAGCGGAGGUCACAGACUACCAAGGAGCCUUGAUGCCCAGCCGGCCCAGCAGGCUCUGUGUAAAGUCCGCACAGAGGUGGUGGAGGUCACCAGGGCCAUGUUGGAUCGUAGCAAUGCUAACUUCAUGUUAUGGCCGCCCUGCGUCGAGGUGCAGCGCUGCUCCGGCUGCUGCAACACCAAGAGCCUGCACUGCGUCCCUGUGGUCACACACACCAGAUACCUGCAGGUGAUGAAGAUUGAAUACAUUAGUAAAAGACCCACUUACACUAAAGUGGUGGUGUCCGUGGUGGAUCAUGUGGAGUGCCGGUGUCAGCCGGUGCCUCGAGCCCCAGCGCCCAGGAAGAAAUCAUCACGCAGGCAACACAGCCACCAACAUCGGAACCAGACACUCAGCCAAGAACACGGACAGGCUAAGACUCAGUCCAAGGAUGAGCUGCAUCAGUGGGAUGAGCUGAAGCAGAACCAGAGGGCCCGUCUGGAGGAGCUGCUGGAGCAGCACUGGAGCCCCAGAGGAGACACCUUCACUCAGCCUGGGGAAGGCUACAGUCUGGCUGGGGACGACACGUCUCGGUCCGCUGGAGAGGAGGUUCUCUUGGUUCCACGCUGGACUCAUAACUCCAGCAGGCUCCACGGGACAGACGAGAACCAGGAGAACAUGGACGGCAACACGACAGUUUCCUCAGUGGAUAACGUUGGUGUUGAGGUAAAGAACAAGUCGGUAGAAGGUGGGAGUAGGUCACUGCUCGACAGCACUGAGGGAAAAGUCAAUGAGAGAAACGGGAGCAGAGACAAAGGAACACAAACACAAGUCCCAUUACUGCAAGACGACAAAUCCAAAUUUACAAAGAAUCACAGGGGAGGUGUCUCACAACCUGUUACUGAAAAUCCGCGAGUCAAACUCAGCCCGACGGAGGAAACCAAUAGCGAGAGACGUGGGAACAGACUGCGGCCGACGAAGGAACCAAAUCCGGAGCCUCGAGAGCUGGCGAGGCGGAGAGACAACGACACUCCGGAGGAAGAGAGGAUAUUGCAGAUUGAAGAGGCAAAACUGGAGGAGGAGAGGAAAGAGCUUCUCCUCCUCCACAGGAGGUUGGACCAGGAGAAGGAGAUCCUGAGACAGCAGCAGAUGGGGCGAGAGGAGGAGGAGAGGCAGAGAGAAAAGGGGACAGACAGUCGCCAUCACCCGAGUGGUAAACAUCAGCAUCAUCUGCAAACAACGACACAGAAACCAGAGACGACAACGCCUACGACCACCACACGACAGCCCUCAGCUCCAGCGGGCCCCAGACCUCCAGCUCGUCCCAACCACACGAAGAGGAGGAUGAGGAAGAAUCGCAAACGCAUCAGCAAGGCAGCUAUGAGAGCGAUGCUAAUGUAGAACUACAGUAAACCCAGGAACACAGUGUGAACUUGGUGUAUUUUGUGGAUAAUCCAGAGGUGACGCAGAGCGACUCCCUUCAUUUAAGUAUUUAUUCCUUCAUUCAGUAACCUGCUCGUCCUGUGAGGUCUCCUCCGUAACACUACUAAUGACUGACCGGUCAACCUGUAAGUACGCCUGGAUGGAGUCAGAGGAACGUGGAAUAUAAACAAAAGGUUUCUUCUUGAAGAGAACACUUUUGGCUCUACGACGGCCGGUGGCGCCCGAGGUCGGAGAACCUGGACGACUGAGACGCUGUGGAUAAAAGUGCGAUUUCAGAACUCUGCUUGGAACCUGUCUUGAUAUCAAAAGAGAGAAACUGCACUUAUGGAUGGACAAAGCUGAGUCUGUGCGUCAAAAGGGACAAAACUCUUGUAACGUAUGGGGACAAUCCUUCAAUGGACUGCAAUGACAAACUAAUGCUGACUGAAAUCACCAGUAUCUCCACGUGUGAUCCCAUGGGUCGGACUCAGUGUUGACGUGUUGGGGAGAUGAGGCCUGAUAUCAUUUAUUAGCUCAUUAAAAAACAGUGAUGCUCUGUUCUUAACCAUAUUUAAUUAUAUUUAACUCACUGCAAACACUGGAAUUACACAGCUGUGAUUCGAGAUCCAAAAAACGAAACCGUCCGGUGUUUCCAAAUCUCAUCACGGGUGAAAGGAGAGAAGAUUGAGGUGCUAUAGGAGCCGGAGGGGAUGGCGUCCCUCCUGAGGCCUGACCCUGUGCUAGGAUUCUUAUUUAUUUGUGGAUUAACGUUGUAGAAAUACUGCAAACAAAUUGUCGUCGAGCCUCAUUUCACGAUGUUUGGGUGUUUCCAUCAGAAACAAUGAAGAAAAACUCCCAGUACCAUGCAGUGUUGAACCUGUCGAAACAAGUGUGUGCAUGUGUUGUUGUGUACAUGUGUGUAUUGAAGCAUUUACAACAUCUGUUUCUCUCUUCGAUAGAGAGACGUCUAACACAUAGACUGUGUAGUAAGAUGGAGGACAUGACAGUUCCCCCGAAAGUGAAGCCAAACAGCCUUGAUCGCCCUCUAAUGGCCGGCUGCGGUGUAGGUUAGAAGAGUUCGUCUGAAUGAUGUUAAUUGUCCCCAUGACCUUGCUCUUCUCAUUUAGCCACUUGUUAGCUUCUGCUUGACCUCUGGGGG